GAAAAAAAUACAUGUAGUAAUGUAAAUUUAAUUAAGUUUAAAAUUUCAGUAUAAUAGUCAGAGAGAGAUUGCUGUAUCAGUAGUUUUUAAGUGUUUUGAAUUUGACAGUUAUUGUUGAUAACUGAGAGAAGCAACAAUAAAACUAGACUGAGUCAAGUGGAGUCAAUAAAUCAUUUUUACAGUGUGGAAAAGUUGCAGUAACUGAAGAUUGCAAAUCCACGCAAAAUUUCCAAAUAAUGAGUGAAUUUGCAUUAAUAGUUGCGAUCGCAACUUCUUGGAGGGACUGGUUGUUGUUCAGGCAUCUUAAGUUUCAUGAUGGAUAAAARUCUUUUAUUUUUUUCUACGUUUGCAGCUGUUCUCUCUUCGACGAAGCCGUUUUUUGAGAAAACRGAUYAUGUGGACGAGCCAAACCAGGAUUUGAGUCUCUUUCAGAAUCRUCAUCGAGAUGAAACUUCCACAGAGCCAACACUGAUCACUGAACUCGUCGUGAAGGAGGAGCAACACAUCGACCACGAAUCAGGAGCUGAGCGCUGCAGAGCAACAAGUGGGGAAGUCCAGGCGUCGCGCUGUGCAACCAGGGAAUCGGACGCUGCGUCGUCCWAUAACGUGUGCAGCUCUUACACUGGCGGGAUCCUGCUUCCUGCCAUCAAAACAGAAACGGAGCAACAGCAACUGGCUGGAUGUGCCGACUUGAGCUACAGCUCUUCAAAAGAUCCCGGUCCACAAGYCUGCGCAGAACAAAACGGACUCGUCUUCGUCGAUUCAAAUCUCUCCCUCGAUGGGAGGCAGGGCGUCGUCAACGGCAACAGGGCCGCCACGGUCAACGGAAGACGAAUCAGUUUGGAUCGUGUCAGCAGAAGCGGCCCCCACCUCUGUAUCUUGUGCGGGAAAACGUUCAGCAGGGUGGCCAACCUGCGGAUCCACCUUCGGUGUCACACAGGGGAGAAACCGUACGGCUGCGUACAGUGUGGGAGGCGCUUCAGCCAGGCGGGAGACCUGACAAAACACAAGAGGGUCCACACGGGGGAGAAACCGUACUACUGCAGCCAGUGUGGGAAGAGCUUCAGCCGAGGAGAGAACUUGAAGAGACACCAACGGCUUCACAUUGUACAAACUAUGCAGCUGCAGCAAGCGUGGACAGAGCUGCAGUAGGGGGACUCGGCACACUUCCUGCAUCUGAUCUUAUAGGUUUUAACAUAUUUGAUCAAGAUUUGUUUGGUUACGUUCACACAGCAGGCAAAUGCUACCCAAAUUUGAUUUCUGUAUCAUAUAUCCAUAUCCAACCUACAUCCAGCUUUUUCGCUGCAGACAGACAGAAYGGCCCAAUUCGGAUCUUUUCACCCAAAAAAUAUUUUAUUUGUGCCAUUUCAAUAUGUGGAACUAAUUUAGAUAUCCUAUUGUUACAAAUUAUGGCAGCAACAAAUGUAACCGGUAACAUGACAUAUAUUCAUAAUUCAGCCAUAGUGCUAGCAUUCAUCAUCGAUUGGCCAAUCAGAGGAGACGUCUGUGUGUGUUGGAGUGACGAGAGGUGUAUACAAGGGAGAGGCUACAUCUGCUGCGUUUUGGAGAAAUGGUGCUUGGCGAUUUUACAGAAGAGCUAUGGAUUCAACACAUUAGAAUGACGCAACUUUUUUAUGAACUGUCUGAAAAAAAAGACAUUCAGUGCUACAAAAGUCUCAUUACAGUCGAGUUUAAUCAGUAGUUUGAAGAAUAACACAAAAAAAUUAAAAUCGGAUUUCAGGAAAACUCAGAGUUAUCAUCAAGACCUGCUGUGUGAAUGUAGCUUUAGCGUUUUUUGAAACAAAAUGUCCCACCAUCUUGCUACUCAGUCUAUCAAAUGCCUUCCUUUUUCACAUAUACACGGCUAUGGUGAUGCUUUGUGUACAAAUUUCUGCAUGUGUGAGAUGAUUAAUCGGUUUAAUCUUGAUUAAACAAUUAUGGAAAUAAUCGUC